AUGCCGCAGUACGACGACAGCUUCCUCGACUCGCCGAGAUUUCGGCGGCGAACUCGCAGUUAUACGGUGCAAAAACAGUUUUUGCCGAAAUCGAAGUCUUUUCACAUCACGGCCACACCUUUGCUGCUGGCCGUAACCAAUCACGCCAGGACUCUUUCCGGUUCUAUAUCGACCUGCAACUUGAAAGAAGUCGAGGAGCGCUUCGGCGGGAAGGCGCGCGGCGGUAAACUAGCGCGUCGCGCACGCUCCUUCAAGGAGGACUUUCUAGAGAAGCUCUCCCACAUGCGUUCUCCUGGUAGCGGAAGCGGCGGCGGUGGCGGCGGAGGCAGCGGGGCGGCCACAAGGGCCGCCUCGCCCUCGUCACCGCGUACGCCGCGGGACAAGAACGCCCCCCCGGGCACCAACGACGCCGCUCUGGAUAAGAAUCCCCUGCGCGAUCUGCACAUCCACGUACGGCAGGUGCAACUGGCGUUGCUUCACUUCCGGGAUGUCGUAUCCAAGAAGAAGCUCGAGAUGCUGCCCGGGAACGGCACGAUUGUCCUCGACACCAUUACCACGAUACACAACGCGUUGAAAUCAUAUCUGCUCUACGAGAACAGCUCCACAUUGGGAUCUGCCACGAAUCAAGUGUACCAAGCGUUAGCGCAAUUGCUGAAACUCUGCGACGACGUACUACUGCAUGGUGAUCAAUCUUCCGCCUUGGACACCGAAAACGUGACGCACGUUAUUGGACUGGUCGAGGAAGCGGUGAAAAAUCUAGUAGCUCUGGCGCAUGAGAAAAUUGCUAACAAGCAGAAACCCCCGUCUGCUACAAAUAAUAACAGAACUUCUGGGUACGGAUCGGAAUUAACGCAAAGAAAUUCUCUACCGGAUAUACCGUUGACACCAAGAGAACGGCAGAUCUUGGAGCAAACGGCAGCAAGCAGUAGCUUGGUUCGCAGCUCGCACAGCUCCGAGUCGAUUCUACGGGAUUCUAGUCCACCCCCGAAACCCCCGCUGCCUGACAGCUCUUCUGGCACACCUCCUCCGUUACCGCCGAAGAGAAGGACGAGGACCCAGCAGCUGCUCGACGAAUCGGAAGGUCUUCUGGCAUCUAGUCUCGACAGGGUAUCCCUCCGAAGUCGAUCCCCAGAGGAUUCGUCAUCUCUUCUGAGCGCGUCGGCCGGCAGUCUGGAUUCGGCUCUGAAUCAUUCCCGAGACGAGGACGAGAUUCGAGCUAUAAUGGGACCAAAUGACGAAUCUUUGAACGACAGUAUGGACCUAAGUCUUAUGGCUACCAUCCAAGGCAUGCAAGUUAAUGGUACUUCAAACUGUAAUUGCUGGGAUGGUUCUGAAAAUAAUAUACCGAGUACUAUGUUGCUAGGCCAACAAACACCUCAAGAAAUGCUUAAUCCAUUAACUGGUAUAGAAGGAAAGAUGGAACGAUUGUCUACGCAAACGCAGGAAUCAGGCUUUGUUUCCAUGCAUUCUCAACGAAGUUCAUCCCAAAGUUAUACCACCGCGUCCAGCAUGACAUCCAAGAGAUCGUCGCAGCAGAGCAGCAUUAGUUAUAAUUCUCAAUCGUUUAGUGCACAGCAACAGUCGUUUUCCCAGACCAAAUUAUCCUCGGACAGUAACGGCUCUAUUUUUACACAGAAAACGAUGAGUAGUUCAAAAAGUACUAUUAGCACGACCAACGUGUCUGGAAAUGGGGACCCAGUUUUAUUAGAAAAAUCGGAAGUGGACUCGGUAGUUACAUCCGAUUCCAAUGGAGCGCCUCCAGCAUUGCCAGAGAAGCGGUCAAAGCGAAGAAAAGAACGGCAGCCGUCGCAGUAUGACAACGUACCAGAAAAUGAGCAUUUGUCCACGUGCACCUUACACACUAGUAACGGAGAUGGUUCAGAUGCCAACAAACCGCCCCCUCUGCCUCUAAAGAAGCGGCACAUGUUCCAAUCAGUGGCAUAUUCUGUUAUGGCAUACAUGGAGAUGUUUGGAAACUGCUCCCACAGCAACAAUGAUUUCAUCUCUGGUCUCGGUACACGUCAUUCCGUAGCAGCCUACAAUUCGAUGCAAGCGGAAUGGCAGCAGCACGAGAUGUCCCUUACCACAACCCAAUCGUGUUCCUUUAUGACGCACACUGUGACUGCUCUACAUGACAGCUCAAGCCUUUCUGUGACCACGACGCCGAGUUUAGUAGAGACAACAAAUAAUUCUAGUCUGCCCCCGGCAUUACCACCAAAGAGAUCUCGUUCCAUUAAAUCAAAUAUUACGCCACCACCAGUAUCACCAAAACCGAUCGUUAGCACGCAGAGUAUUCAUAACUCGGAUCCUCUCGUGACAUCAACCCCUCUAAAAACAGAGGAGCCAGCGUACGCACAUGAAAAGAAAGAUGUUACACCUUCCACUCCCGUAAAAUUGAAUAAUAAUGUUAUCACGGACACAGUGUUACCAUCGUCUAGACCUGCUAGUAAUGCACUUUCUUCCAUAUCAGUUGAUGAAAAUACUCUUGAGCUACGAGAUGUCGAUCAAGAUGAUAGCAUUUUAGACGAAUUAGAUAUUAAUAAACAUUUAGAAUAUAAAAAGCAAGAUGAAGAAGGUCCAGAUAUACGUGGUGGACAUCCAGAUGCAUUAUUAAUUCUUGCGACGAAAGCAAAUAAACAUGACGAAAAAGAACCAGAUUUCCUGUAUCAAGAAGCAUUUUUAACGACGUACCGAACCUUCAUGCAACCAUUAGAGCUAAUUCGUAAACUUCAUAGACGUCAUCAACGUUUUUCAUGUUCUCCAGAUGUUGUCAAACAAAGAGCCGCGCGUGAAGCAUUUUCUUUACUUGUUAGAGUCGUUAGUGAUUUAACAAUAUCUGAUCUUGAUGACACUCUUCUACAAACAUUGAUGGAAUUUGUACAGCAAUUAGUGUGCAGCGGGGAUCUCACUAUGGCUAAAGCGUUGCGAGUUAAAAUUUUAGAGAAGCACACUAUGAAGCAAUUACAAGCAACACAACCGAUUCUCUCGUCUCUAAGUGUAACAACGAAACAAGCUUCCCUAUUAGAUUUUAAAAGCGAACAGAUUGCGGAGCAAAUGACGCUGCUUGAUGCCGAUUUGUUUAUGAAAAUAGAAAUUCCGGAGGUGCUGAUUUGGGCGCAAGAACAGAACGAAGAGAGAAGUCCGAAUCUCACGAGAUUUACUGAACAUUUUAAUAAAAUGUCAUACUGGGCACGAUCCAGAAUAUUAGAACAUCGAUUAGAAAAUGAGGCGAAAGACAGGGAGAAAUACGUCGUGAAGUUCAUUAAAAUAAUGAAGCAUCUUAGGAAGAUUAACAAUUUCAAUAGCUAUCUCGCAUUAUUAUCUGCAUUGGAUAGUGCACCCAUUAGGAGACUUGAAUGGCAAAAGCAUAUCACGGAGGGCCUCAAGGAAUAUUGUGCUCUCAUUGAUAGCUCUAGCAGCUUCCGAGCUUACAGGCAAGCUCUAGCAGAAACGCAACCGCCAUGUAUUCCUUACAUCGGACUCGUUUUGCAAGAUCUUACGUUUGUGCACAUUGGAAAUAGCGAUUUAUUACCAGAUGGCACUAUAAAUUUCUCCAAGAGAUGGCAACAAUUUAAUAUUGUUGAAAAUAUGAAAAAAUUUAAGAAAGGCACGUACUCUUUCAAGAAACACGAACGCAUUAUGACGUUUUUCAACAACUUCAGCGAUUUCCUCUGUGAGGAGGCGAUGUGGCAGAUAUCCGAGAGCAUCAAGCCACGUGGUGGCAAGAAAGCACAGCCGCAAAACUAGAAUAUACCUAACCCUUUCACUGCCUGCGUGUCGAAAGGCUGAAACAGUGAAUUAGGAAGUUCGUAUUUAUGUAGGUACACACAUUUUUGCGAGAAAAAAAAAUUAAGCGAGGGAAAUUCUUUUACAAGAACGCUCUAGGAGCGGUGAAAGGGUUAGCGAGUCUAUCCCAUUCGACAGCCUCUGUGAGGUUGUGUCUUAUAAUCGUGAAAAUUUUAGUAUGCAAAACUGUGAACUCUUCCUAUUUAACACAUUCAAUACAACAUUACGCGUUACUUAACUUUGAAAUAAUUACGUUUGCGAGCAUCAAUCAGAGAUCAAAACGCCAAAACCCGGAUCCACUAGAGAAAAGAAAUUUCGAUACGUUAGAUAAACUCACAAUCAGUAUGUAUCCCAGUGCAUUUUAAGCAAUCUUUCCAUUUACUGCAAGCCAAUAUAACAUAUUUGCUACGAGGAUAUGCAAUCUAUACUUAAACGCAAGCUGUAACGAUGUUUAUCGUAAUGUUAAAUGAAGGAAACCCCGAUCUUUAGCUGUUCUAGAUACCGCAAAGAACAAUUUAUUUAUUUGCCUUUGCUAGCGAAUUGUAUAAAGUAGUACGUGUCCUUUCUUUUCUUCUUUAAUUUAUUUAGAUGUAUGUGAACGUCCAUUUCUAGCUUUAUUGUAGGUAAGCAAAUUUUCGAGCGUCAACAGAACUGCUGUUGAUUACACAAGGAUGAACACCAAUUACGUUGAUUAAUGUAGGGCCAUUGUAGUCUCGUGUUUGCGCUCUGAUGCGCGCGUAUCGGGACACAUGGUACACGACUGAGCGCAACUGUUACAUAUACUAUUGUAUAUGAUGAUAGAGAAAACACUUUUUUGUUGGCAACUUGUUAAUAGGUCUCCGAGCUUUCAGCUUUAAAUCACAUGGUUUACCACGUAAUUAGAUUAAAUUAAAUAUGAACUAUAUAACGGAAAGGAAAUUGAAUGAAAGUUUGAUUUGAACUCGAUAACUUGUCACAUUGUAUAGACGGUAUUUUAAUUUUAUAAAAAAAUCUAACCUCUUCAAAACUCUAACUCUUACAUAAUACAUUCCGUAGAUCAAAAGGGGAGAAUCAGAUUAAUUUGUAUCGCCGUUGAAAGUACACUGUAUUCUUUUAUAUUUCGUUCUAAUAUUUAACGUAUAUUGAUACAACUUUUACUCGUAGAUACAGCAGUGUGAGAGACGUUGCCAUAUAAUGAUUUAGCAGUUUGCGUGCCUCGUCUUGAGUGGAUAAAAUGAAUGAAUUCACCUUUUUAUCGUUUUUCAGUUUAUUCAUUUAGCAAAAUUUUACUUUAUUUUUAAUUUUUUUUUAAAUAAUAGCGAGUAAAUGUAUACAAGUUACAAAAAAUUUACUGAUUCUCAAACUUCAUCUUUAAUGUGAAUACGCACAUGUAUAAUACCAAGAUUUGUAACACCUAGUGAUACCUACAGCAACAAAAAAAAGGGCCUAAGCAUUUAGUUAACAAUUGAUGUCGUUCUAGUGCAAAAACACGGGUAAUAACAAUCCAGAUAAGUUAAUUGCCAGGAUAAAUUUUAAAAAGUAGUUACAAAGCUGCCAUAUAUGAAAAGUUAGUGUCUCAAUAGGUUGAAUUCUACAGAAAACUAGAGACUAUCAUCCGCAGACUUAGAUAGAAAGGUAAAAUCUGAUCUCUUCAUCCUUGACAAUUGCAUUACUUGAUGUUUAUGGCAACUGCGUAUGGAGGAAAUUCUUGAUUAAAAACUAAUGUGAUAAAAUUGGCUAAUAAGCAAUGUAAGCAACAUUGUAUAUAUAAUGUUUAUUAAUUAAGUUUGUUUAUUUAUGUCAUUUAUUGUAAAACCACCGUUUGUAGAAUCUUUUGGGGAAAUAAUUAGCUACAUGCAUAAUAUGUAACACGUAUGCAUUGUAGCAGCGAUAGUAUGUAUACUAGUAUUACUUCCACAUAGGUAUAUAUAUAUAUGUAUAUAUAUGUAUAUAUAUAUAUAUAUAUGUAUAUAUAUCGUAAAUAUUUGAUUCACACUAUGCGCGAGUGAAUGCCAGUAUGCGUCUUAUGGUUUUGUCCACCUUUUAGCUGAAGUCAAAUGAUUUACUCGAUGUAGGAAGUAAGCAGAGAUCUAUUAACGCUGUAAAUAAUUUUAUUGUACACAUAAUUGAAUUUAUCGCGCGUGUAUCUACCAUUAUAUCGGUAAUUGUAAAUGUACAGUGCAUUGCAUUGGCGUUAGUAAUUCUUAAGUUGAUCGAGAAUCGAGAAUUGUGAUGUCAUGUUAGGUUCGCACAUGCAUGAUUUUUUUUUUAUAUCGUUUUAAUUGCGAAUUAAACGGCAAGCGAUCACGCAGUCGAAUUGUUUUAUCUUUCUUUUUUUCAAUCUCUGUCAGAUUAUAUUUUCUUGAGGCAGCUCUAUUUUUACAUGUAGGCUUUCAACGACAUCUUCACCUUCCGAUGUCGAUAUACAACUGAUGUUUAUAUUUUGUAUGAUAUUUUUGGAAACUCUGGCGAUGGUCGGAAAGGCCUUCCUACGACUAUCAUGCGUAUUUCCGGACUGUAUCAUAAUUUCUAUAAAUCGCGCGAAGAUUUUGUCACGACUAUCGGCAGAAUUUCCCUUUUACUAUAUUACAUUACGAAUAUAUGUAUAAGUAAAUAUAUAAUUUUAAGUACUGUAUUACCAAAAUACGAGUGAGAUGAUCCAUUGAAUGUGCAACGAAGAAAUUAAACUCGAUAUACCGACUUAGAUAGGCCAAUUAAGCUGCUUCGCGAGUAGGAAGUUGAGUUGUUAAGAAGAACGGAGAAACAAUUGCCGCAAUUGCUUUCCUCGUCGCGCUCGAUUAACACAACUAUAAAACUUAGGGUAGGAUAGGCGGGUAACGUGACUCUUUUUUUUUUUUUUCUAUCGUUUGCUGAAUGUCACUUAGCUUCGGGGGAACAGUCUGUAACGGGAAAAAUGGACUCUAAAGAGCAAUCGCUGUUAACUUUAAAGAUUACGAAUCGAAUAUCGUGUAAUUUAUUGCAUAUAUACUCUCGGACUUCUAAGGCGAGGCUUAUUUGCGAACUCUCGAGGAUCCCCAAUCGUACAAUAUUUAUUGCAUUGUGUAUAUAUAUAUACGUAUGUGUUGUUAAUCUAGUCUAACAAUACGCGAUGCGAAAUUGCGUUGUCAAUAUCUUAAACGUAUACACUUCAGCGUUCGAAGUUCUAAAGAGAAGAAAAAAAAGACUAGAGAUUUUUCCACGUUUCGGAAAACGCGGACCUGCGUCGGAAUUGUUUGGCCCUUCCUCCCGUGUCGCGCGUCGGGCUUCCCCUUUCUCCCCCCCCCUUCGGCCGGGCGUGAAUUUUGCGCGCGGCUCGAAACUCUGGUGAAAUCAAAUCAAAUAACUCUCGCCGAACGAAUGGAUUUUUUCUGCGUGUACCGUCGAAAUGGAAUAGCGAUAAGAGUACGAGGAACUCGCGCAAACCGUCACGUCGGUUUCGCGCCGGUCUUCGUCCGUAGCGUGAAUACCGAAUAAGUAAACCGAAACAAGUAAUAAUCGCUAUCGAUGUGUUUUACCAAGUCCUUCGUCGAAAGAUUACAUGUAUGUAAAACUUUGCACUCGCGUAGAUCUCACGGUAAAUAUUUAGGAAGUAUCACGCAUACAUUAAGAGUACGUAUCGACGCUUUCUCGUUGAUUUACAUUUCGUAAUAUUUAUUGCCGCAGUGACAAAGACGACAUAUCCGUAAAACACUACUUAUAGAACGAUAAAUAUUAAAUAGGGGGACGAAAAAGAAAGAGCGAGUGUAAGAUGUGUGUAUUAAUUAGAUACUGUCUAAAAAAAACUUUAAUGAUCUAGAAAUUGAUUCAGUUUUGCUUACGCCGCGUAAUAGCAAGCACGAUAACGAUCGUAAUAUAAAUUUUUCUGUUUUAUAUAUUAUAUAUACACACACAUAGGAUGUUUCAAAAAUAGAUGACCAAAUUUUAGUAUUCUACUUGCUAAGAAUGAAAAAAUCAUAUAAACAUGAACUAAAAAAUGCUUUUUUUCUGUUUUAAACAUUUACAGUAAAAGUUCUUAAUAAUAAUUACCUCAAUUAGUGAAUUGGCAAACGGAGAUUAAUUAUAUGAUCUGCAUGUGUUCCCGAGGUUUAAAUUUUUUAGAUUUUUAUGAAAUCGUUUUUCGUUUAAUGAUGUUCUUGAUGCUGCUGUGAAAAUUUCUCUGAAAUCAUAUUGUCAUUUUGUGUGAUAAAAUGCGAAAUUUUUAAAAUAUUUUGAGUGAUAAAAUCUAUGAGACGUUGGUGCGAGAAGCAUACAUUUCUGCAGAAGAAUGUUAUUUCUAACACGUUUCUUUAAAGAAGUGUUCCUUAUUAAUUUCUGCCGUUAAAGUAUUUUAGAGAAUUCAACGGGGAACCACUAUGAUUAUUUCUCAGAAUGUCGCUGUAAAGGGCAAUCAAUAAAAAUAAAGACUCCUAGUCUUAGGAUAGCCUUUUAAUGGGCAAGUCGGCUCCCUUUAAAAUCGCCAACGUCAGGGAGAUCUGAAAUGGCACGCUAAAGAAAAAGAUUCUAGAAAGAAAGAUUUCUUUCCCGGGCUCACAUUCUCAUCUGAUUUUUUUCUACUCUUGUCACAAAUAUAGUGCGCUCUUAAAAUUUAGCCACUUAUUUCUGAAACGUCCUGUAAAGCGAGACACACACGCAAAGUGCAGAGAAAACAAAUUACGCGCAUUUCAAACGAUCAAGAUUGUUAACUGCGUUGAGAGGUGUUUUAGUUUGAAAGUUACGAAAUAAAUCUGCAAUUUGAAAGAAGCGGCUUUUCAAAGUGUGCACACGGUCGAACGUGGAGGAUACAGAUCUGUGUUUGCGUCCAGUAUCCGGGCGUCUCUGUGGAACAAUAGUCAAUAAAAAAAAAAAAAUUAGCAAUUUAAUCUGAACGUAAAAAAGAGAAACGAAAGAGAAAGUAUAGCGGUAUAAAAAUCGAUGUGUUUCGAGCGCUCACAUUUUGAAUAUAAGCAAUAUCUCGCUGCAUUUAAACAGGAAACUCCCUUCGGGCUCUGUGCGUUACGAGUAGCAGCUAUUUCGCAACAAUCGCGACAAUGGGACAGCAACUCUCGGGACUUUUAUUAAAAUGCACAUCCGUGUACCGCGACGCGUUUCCCGAUCGAUCUUAAUACACUCGUGUAAUAACGCGUGUAUUCAAUAUUCGUAUUAUCUGUCAAGAAGCGUACAGGACGUACUUUUUAGACCGUUUAGACCGUGUUCCUCGAGGGGAAAGGCGGGCAUCAUUCAAUAUUUUACGGAAUAUAUAUGUGUAUCGUUCGUAGGGAUCUUCACGAAAGUGUGCACCAUUUAACGGUGAGGUACAUACAAUUAUAUCGAGGAAAAAAUAGAAACGGACAAUUGAUUAAGAAGCAUAUCAUUUGUAAGUACGUGAUAUUACUAAGUGUCACCGCGACGUCCCUCUUGACUACGCUGUAACGAUGUAACAGGUUUUAACUGAGCACACACACACACAAAACACACACACACACGGGUGAUCGACGGGUGAAACGUCGCCCGUUUGUACAAUCAUCGUGCUCACACACACGCGUUUUCAUCGUAUAUACAACUUUAUUCCGUAGCCUAUCGUCAUAUUUUUCUAUCUGUAUUUUUUAGUACGGUCCACACACAUCCGUGUACGCGACAACGCGUCACGGGAUACGACGGAUACGGAAUUUGUAUUCCGGGCGAUCUUUCCAUGUCGGCGCAAUCAAUGUUCAAUCGUCACUUUCGCGAAAACUUGUAUACCCUUACGCGGAUAUAUAUAUAUAAAAAUAUAUAUAUAUAUAUAUAUUUUUCCUCCUUCCUUUGUAUUAACGGACGAUUUGUAUGCGUAAAGAGUUUUGGGUCAAAUGUUAUUGCUUUCUUUGUAAUGAAUGUACGAAGAAGUGAAAUAAAAAUGUGUUAGUCGAUGGUA